AGUCAUCACUCCUGUGCAGCUUGCGGAGCAGCUCCAGCUCUGAGCCAAGAGGGAGAUCUGAACCUGCCAAGCAGCCACUGAAGAAACCAAAGCAUCCAGUAGGUCGAUUUGAUGAACCAGAAGAGUCCAGUGUGGAGAAGGAACCCCUGGAAAAAUUCCCUGAUGGAAUCAAUCCUGUUACAAAAGAGAGGGGUGGACCUAGAGGCCCUGAACCUACACGUUUUGGAGACUGGGAGAGAAAAGGACGUUGUAUAGAUUUUUAA